UUGGGGGAAGUGUAGACAUGUUGGGUAGCAAGGGACAUGUUGGGGUUAGUGAGGACAAAUUGGGGAAAGUUAGGAAACAUUGGGACAGUGAAGACAUGUUGGGCAAAUUGACGACAUGUUGGGGGAAUUAAAACAUGUUGUGGAAAGUGAAAACAUUUUGGGGAAGAGGACAUUUUGGAUAAAGGGAAGACAGGUUGGGUACGUGAGGACAUUUUGGUUAGGAUAAGGGGCUCGGAAAUGCAUGAUGCCAAUCUGUGUCCUCACUUAGAUAGAAUUACAAUCAUUUGUGUGUGUGUUAUAUUUAGACGACACCAAACACUAUCGACUCCACUGAAUACUAACCGCGCUAUAAUCUAACCGUGCCGUGCCGUGUUAGACACCCGUGACCAUGUUGUUCAGAUUCGGGGUCAUUCUCGCUCCGGACAGUGCGGACGUGCAGCUCUUGGUCCUGGGCUCUCGUGAGGAGAUGGGUCGGUGGGACCCGGACAGAGCGGUGCACAUGAAGCCAGUACACGAGCUCCUGUCGCCGGAUGAACCGAACCUGUGGCUCGGCGACGUGCAGCUGGAGGAGCCGGUGAAAGACGCGCUGUGGUUCAAGUUCUUGCAAAGAGCCAGAGGCUGCUACAUCUGGGAAGGUAGCGGCCCCAGCCAUGACAGGUUCUGUUCAUAUGAUGAGAGGAACGUGGUGGACGGAGUGUACUGCCACCCGAUUGGCCACUGGAUAGAGGAAACUGGACACACAGACGAGAUGAAACACACCAGCCGCUUUUAUCUGGGCGUGGCGGGUCAGGCGGCCAUGCAUUUCUCCAGGGUGCUUCCACGUGUUUGGCUCGGCAGCUGCCCUAGAAAGGUAGAGCAUGUGACUAUUAAGAUGAAGCAUGACUUGGGCAUCACUGCGGUGGUGAACUUCCAGACCGAGGGCGACGUGGUGAACAACUCCCACGGCUGCAGAUGCGACCCUGGGGAAGCGAUGACGCCGGAGACCAUGAUGCAUUUGUACAAAGACUGUGGCAUGGUGUACCUGUGGAUGCCCACACCUGACAUGAGCACGGAGGGUCGUAUCAGGAUGCUUCCCCAGGCGGUAUUCCUGCUUAAAGGUCUCUUGGAGAAUGGCCACACCGUCUAUGUUCACUGCAACGCUGGAGUGGGCAGGUCGACGGCCGCCGUGUGUGGCCUGCUAAUGUACGUCCUCGGCUGGAGCCUGAGGAAGGUGCAGUACUUUGUCGCAGUCAGGAGGCCGGUGGUGUACAUCGAUGAGGAGGCUUUGGUCCAGGCUCAGGCCGACUUCAUCCAGAAGUUUGGACAACUGAGACCCUCCCUCUCUUACCUGGAGCCUUGAGGGUAAAGGGUCUUUGCACUUUGAAGUUUUCACAUUUAAAGAAGACUGGAACUAAAACAAGAAAGACUUCAGCCGUUUUAGUAAUAAUCAACGAAGAGCGUUGACAUUUGGAAAAGGCAACUUCUAGUUUAAGUGUUGAACAGCAAUGAUUGAGUGGGACACACUGCAAAACAAACCAAAUAUCAAUACACUAAAACGAAACCAGCUGUCUACCCUUUCCACGGGUAUUCUCUAUAUUUCCCAACUCUGUACCAAAAAUCAUUUUUAAUCUCAUCAGCGAAUUAUUUUGGAAAGAAGUCUUGAUGCUGCCUGAAAACGGCGGCCCCAUGCCAAAGCAACAAAUCAAUUCUCCAAUGACAAUGCCUCUCCAUAUCUGUCAAGCAGCUAUACUGUUCCCAGACAUUGAAGAACACAGCUCCGCCCCGUCUUUCUCGGAGAGCCUGAUCGCAUUUCAUCUUUAUUUAUUUAUCCGACAGAUGCUAUUCCGAUCCUUCUCCUAAAUAACAAAAAACAACAUCCCUGCCAGACCAUUUUAAUGCAUACAUAAUAAAGCAUGAUCGGAAUACUGUUCUUCUGCCUUGACUCAAAAUGAGGAUGUAUUCCUUUUCCUUUUUUAAGAUGCAGUGUUUUUGUUACCUUUCCCUGAUUUAAGAAAGUUUGAGGAUUAGAGAGGAGGGAGGAUUCUUCUCCUCGAGCGUGUCUUACAGCCUCUCAUUACUUUUCAGUGAGUACCUGCGGAAGACAGCAACUUAAAAGAGCCUCAGUGGGGACGGGUGGGUGGAUUGAGCCAUGCAGAAAAAAAAGAGGCAAAGUUGUGGAUUUCCAAACGCUCUAAAAAAUAUGCAUAAAACCCAGAUUAGAAAUGAGUGACAUACUUUUCCUUUUUGAAGAAGAAGCAGAAUGUGUUGAGGUUUCAAAACAAAUGCGUCUAUACCUUACUAUGUGUGUGUGGCUGCUGGUGUUUUUUCAUCGGAUUGAUGCAAUUGGAAAUGGAAAAACAUGUUGCUUUUAUUCCACUGGGUAGUCGUCAGUGACUGAUGUUAUAAAGUAUUUGUAGUCCACAUGAUUUCCAGGAUCUGUCAGUCACCUCUGCCUGUUCCCCGAGAUCCUUGCAUUUAAAUUGGAGAAAGUAUUAGAAAGCAUUUGCAACUGUCACAGAAGACAGAUUUAUAUGGUGCAGUGUUCCACAAUUAUACACUUCCAUCUCUAAAACAAUGUGUCAUGAGAGUGCUGCAUGUACCUUUGUUGUUUCCCAAAUGUUUUGUCCCUGCAGGCCUCUGACUAGUGUUUAUUAACCAUGUUCCAAUAUCUGUAUACAUUCAUUUGUUCACCUUUGUGUUGGUCCACAGAAUGCAGAUCUGAAUUUAACUUAAAACAGUGAAAUGUUUUAAUCCUUUUUAAUUUAAAGUAAACUAAAUAUUAGGGAGCCACACAGAAGUGAGAUUAUAAUAAUAACCGAUGAACUGAUUUCAGCCAUUAAACUGCUUGAAUCAUGUUGGGAUGUUUAUCAAAAGGAAUCUUGAAUUCUUGCCAUGCAGUUACUGCCACAGGUUGGUGGAGGUGUUUUAUAAUUAAAACUAAAUGUAUGUGUGUAUUUUAUCAGGCAGAAAUCUGGAAUAAAUUGUUUAUGCUGU